ACCGGAAGUAGUCUCAGAAGGGGAGAAGGCAAACUGAUAUUUUCGGUUAAUGCAGCCUACUAUUAGUGGGUGAGCUAUUCCAGUGUCUUAUGAAAUGUGUAAUUGUAUUCGUGGAUGGUCUUCGUCGACAUGAGCUUGGUUUAGGAUGUCAAGGGAGGACAUUGAACUUGCCGGUGGAUAAAGACGUCCCAAACAUUUCCAUAUUUUCUGUCUUAGGCCUUCGAAUGUCUUUGACACUGACAGCUAUGAGUGACAGCGCCAUAACCAGCAGGCACCAACAGUGGUCAGGGGUUGGACAAACGCAGCCGCCCCCCCGUGGCCCCUAUAUCUCAGUCAUCACCAACAGAACCACCAAUCUUGUGAUACGAGGAGCCAUGCUGUUUUCAGUGGGUGUCUUCCUGGCCCUGGUGCUGAACUUACUUCAAGUACAAAGAAACGUCACUCUCUUUCCCCCUGAUGUCAUCAGUAGUAUCUUCUCUUCCGCCUGGUGGGUGCCACCCUGCUGUGGCAUGGCCUCAGCAAUGAUUGGACUGCUGUACCCCUGCAUCGACAGGCAUCUGGGUGAGCCACACAAAUUCAAGCGAGAAUGGUCAAGUGUGAUGCGCUGUGUGGCUGUGUUUGUGGGAAUCAACCACGCCAGUGCCAAAGUGGACUUUGACAACAACAUCCAGCUGUCUCUGACUUUGGCAGCGCUCUCCAUUGGUCUGUGGUGGACAUUUGACCGCUCACGUAGCGGCUUCGGUUUGGGGAUCAGCAUAGCCCUGCUGGCAACACUGGCCACUCAACUCCUGGUUUACAAUGGAGUCUUUCAGUACACUUCUCCAGAUUUCCUGUACAUUCGCUCCUGGUUACCUUGUAUCUUCUUUGCAGGGGUGAUAACGAUGGGGAACAUAGGACGGCAGCUAGCCUUGUAUGAAUAUAACUUCGUUCAAGAAAAGACCCAUCAGGACUGAGGAAUCAGGAACCUGAAGCCAGUUACAGGUUAUCAGAGAAAAUAUGAGGCUUACACCAGACAAAGACCCAGCCAUGUCGAACGAGCCCCACUCCUGAUUGGCUGCCCAUUACUUUUCGUUGGACCAGACAGUAUUUUUUAAUGGUUUUCAUCAGGUCAUUCAGAGCUUGGAGCGGUCAGUGUAACGGGAGCUAAGGUGAACAGUGAGAGAAUUUGUUGUGUUUUUUCUUUGGUGCAUUUCAUCUUGACUCAUCUGGAAAGAGAUUAGUAGCCAAGCUGAUGUAGUUCUUCAGAUCAGAUCAGAUGUUAAAAAUCUUUGGCUACAUUAUGCAAAACAAACUCUUAUCACCUAAGUCUGUCAAAUCCUUCCUGAAUCAGUGGAGAACAUGCAGCUUAUUGAAUUUAUAUCGAGAAAGAUAUGCAUUUACACCAGACCUUGUAUUGUAUGUAACUAUCUUAUAUCUUUACUUAAACUGUCUUGUUAAGGGAAGGAUUCUGUGUACUGUAUGUGCAGUGUUCACCUUCAGAGGAUUUUUCAACCUAACCAUACUGAUACGUAUAGUAUCAUAGGAUUCAAAUGAAAGGUAAAAUGAAUAAAGACAGCUUUUUUAUUGACUGCAAAUCUCUGAGGUUGUAAGUGAAUUUGUUUCAUCCAGACAUGACAACACUUUUAAUCACAUUACGAUUUUUUCUCAGGAAAUCACAGUAAUGUUUUUAAAUACGUACCUAAAUUCAGGGAACAACAUUUUAGCAGUCUCAGUUCCUUGUUAAAAGGUUAAAAAGCAAUGUUCACUUUGCCCCAAAAAAUUUGAAUACCAAAUUUCUCACCUUAUUGUCUUCUUUCACCACUUGAUUGAAACUUGUUGGAUUCCUUUUCAAACCAUGAGACAGUAUCAAUUAUAAUUCUUAAUGAUGUUGCUAAAUAGACAUUAAAUAAAAUAUCACAUGUUUGGUAAGAUUGUACAGGCAAACGUUUACUGGACAUGCACAUUGGAUUUCAUUGCUGAGUUUGGUUGAAUAAUUCACUAUAGAAGAACUGACUUUAAUGGCGGAAUACUUUGUUGAUCUUGCCCACAAAGAAAUCCUAUUAAAUCAGUCUUAAGCAUUUCUUUAUAAUGCAUGAUUGGGUGAUUUAAAUGGACAUUUUGAUCACAAUUUCUUUGGGAUAAAAUAUUAAUACAAUUAGCAUUACAGCAUUUUAAUCAGAACCAAUAAAAGCAGUGUUAUUGUCUUGUUCCACAAUAUAUGUUUGAUGAUCUGGAAAACAUUUUUGGGCAGCAUAUUUUAAAUCAGCAUUGUUUAACUUUUGUUGAAUAUGAAAAAUUGUUUGAAUUCCUUAAAGGGUUAGUGCAUCCAAAUAUGAAAAUACACUCAUUAUCUACUCACUACUUUGCCGAUGGAGGGGUGGGUUAAGAAUCCAUAAAACACUUCUGGAAUCUCAGGGUAAACUUCGUUGCAGAAGAGUUCAAUACAUUUGAAGUCAAUAGUGACCUAGACUUCAGACGUUAUAUAACAACAGAAAAAACACAACACUGCUCCAUACUGCUCGUGUGGUAUCAUCCAUUGGGGCGGCUGUGGCUGAGGGGUAGAGUGGUCGUCCUCCAACCUGAAGGUCGGCAUUUCGAUCCCCAGUCUGACCCAUCUGCAUGCGGAAGUGUCCUUGGGCAAGAUGUUGAACCCUGAAUGGCCCCCCAUAGAACAACAAAGUGCUGUGAAUAGAUGCACUGUAUGAAUGUGUGUGUGAAUGUAAAACUGUACUGUAAAGCGCUUUGAGUGGUCAUCAAGACUAGAAAUAGCGCUGUAUAAAUACAAAACCAUUCACCAUUCACCAUCCCAGUCGCCGCAAGCCCCAACAUUCAUAUUUGUCUCGAGCCUUAAAGUCUACCGGAAGCUAAGUUAGUGGACGUAGCUACACGAUGGUGUUUCCAAGGAUCCUUAAAUGCACCUCCUGUGGACUCAAUGAUUCACUCACCCCUCCAACUGCAUAGUGGUGAGAAGAUAAUGGGUGAAUUUAAAUAUUUCGGUGAACUAUUUCUUUAAUAAGUAAUUAUAUAGUGGUUUUAAAAAAAAAUUGUUGCAUUCAUUUGAACAACUUCUAGAACUUGAACUAAAUUUUGAAAACUUUAAUGUAAUAAAAACUGACAUUUGGUAACUGC